UGCCCGCGCCACCGUGCCCCGUAACGCGGAACCUUGCACACACAGAUCGGCGAACUGUACGCUGUGCGACUGUUGUCCCGAGACCGCCCCCCGGUUUCUCGCGCAUAGGGUUUCGAUCUAAUAUCGUUUUCGCGUAAUAAAUAAUUAUUAGAAAAAAAAAAUAAUAAAAAAAAAUAAAUAAAUAAAAAAUCACUUAACCUUCUCACUCACACACACACACUCGCACGCACUCACUCACUUACAAAUACACGCACACACACACGCACACAUGCACAAACGUCGCUUUUGACGCCGCGUCGUUCGCGUCGUAAUAAUAUAAUUUUUAUAAUUAUUUACAAUAAUCAUCGAUAAUAUUGUAUAAUCGUUACUCGUCGCGCGAAUCGGUCGUUUUCAUUUUGUGGGGGUCGUGGUGCCCGCCGGGGGGGUGCGCGAGUCGAUCGCACGCGCGAUGGUACGACGGAUGUGGUGCGAGUGCCGAAGCGUAUGAUAAGAAACCGGCUUCGUGGAGGGAUCUCGACGCCGCGUGACAACGUGAACGAUGGUGGUCGGUGGUCAUGUGCGCUGCAAAUGAGCCAUGCUGUCGUUGUACGUGCGGCUGGGUGUCCUGCUGUUGUGCGCCACGACCGUGCUGCCGGCCGGCCGAGCUGCCACGUCGUCCUCAAACGUCCACAACAAACGAGAAGCUGACUACACGCUGGACGAUUCGUAUUGGAAUCAGGAGAGUCCUGUCGGGGAAGUGGAAAGACUCCUGCGGGAUUAUCGACAGAACCAAGAGCUGGUGCGGAACAUCGGAGCCAAUUAUUAUCAGAUCAUCUACCCGGUACAAAUCAGACAUCAUGACAAAAUGGGCAUCUCUACCCGAGAGGUAGGGUCACAGAAGUUUCCCAGCUCGGGGUUGCAUGGAUCUAGUGAAGGAUACUCUUCCGGUGGAUCUUUUCGACCGAAAUCUCGGAUGGGGAAACAUUUUCACAGAACUUCCAUAUUAAUAAAAGCGUUCAACCAUAAAUUUCGCCUCGACCUGGAGCUCAACACACAAUUACUAGCACCGAAUUUAGCACAGAAACAUUUUUUACCUCAUGGAGCUGAACAGGUUUCCAAACAAGAAAUUGAACAUUGUUACUAUCACGGAACUGUAAAGGAUAUUCCUGGUGCCACAGCUGCGUUUCAUACAUGCAAUGGAGUCGCUGGAGUCAUACACAUUGGCAACGAAACGUUUAUUAUUCAUCCAUUUUAUGGUGGAGACUUGUCGAAACAUCCUCACGUGAUAUUUGAGGCACGAGACAAGGCUAAACGUGGUUGUGCCAACGACUUGCGGUCGGAUAGAAAAAACAAAUACACCAACGGUUUUACCGGAGGACGGUUUCGAAAAAAGCGACGACUAAAACGGGACGUCAGAGAAGCGACUAAGUACAUAGAGACCGCUCUCGUGUUAGACAAAGCAAUGUUCGAGAUGAGAAAUGGCAGUUCCAGAUCUGAAGUAAUCACCGACGCCAUUCAAAUCGCAAACAUAGCUGAUUUAUAUUUCCGAACAAUAAACACCCGAGUGUCGGUAGUCUAUAUUGAAACGUGGCAAGGGGCCAACCAGGCACUAAUUGAUAAAAACAAAGAAAUUAGCACUGCAUUGCUCAAUUUUAACGAAUAUUCGUCACAUGCACUAUUCAACAUCGGUAAAGACACUGCUCAACUACUAACUGGAGAAUAUUUUGUGGGUGGAGAAACGGGGAUGGCUAUACAUGGAACUGUGUGUACCGCAAAGUCCGUGGGCAUCAGUGUGGAUGUGAAUGCUUACGAACCCCACAUCAUAGCUGGUUCGAUGGCGCAUAUGAUCGGACACAAUGUGGGAAUGGGUCACGAUGACAAAAGAGAAGAAUGUUACUGUCGCGAUUGGCAUGGUUGUAUCAUGCAACAAUCUAUUGUGGGUAUGGAAAAUAUUCAACCAUACAAAUUUAGCGAUUGCAGCCUCAACGAUUAUAUAGACGAAUUUCGGGAAACUCGAAAUAUGUGCUUGCUCAAUAAACCAAAUGAGGUCACUAAUUCACAACAGAAAUGCGGUAACAACAUAGUGGAAGACAAUGAAGAAUGCGAUUGUGGGGGAUUCGACAACUGCCAAAAGAAUGAUCCAUGUUGUGAUCCGAUCACAUGCAAACUGAUAAAAGAAGCCGAAUGCUCUGCGUCCGGGACUUGCUGUAGUGAUUGCAAGUUUUUAGCAAUGGGUACACUGUGUAGAGCGGCUAACAACGAGUGUGACUUACCGGAACACUGCACUGGUGACAAUGGCCAAUGUCCAGCCGACAUGUACAAAAAGAAUGCCAGCCCCUGUGGAACGGAAAAUGGCUUCUGUUACAUGGGCGAGUGUCCCACGCUCAACGCCCAAUGUGAACAGAUUUGGGGUUACGGCGGGAUAUCAUCUGACAGACAGUGUUACGAGGAGUUCAAUACCAAGGGAUCGAUGAGUGGACAUUGUGGUAUGGUCGAAGAGGCUGGUACUACCACGUACUUAAAAUGCGAUCAGAAAAACGUGUAUUGUGGAUCAUUGCAAUGUCAAAAAGGUACUAAAUAUCCUCAAAGCGCGUCAGCACCAAGACAUACUAAAACAGUAAUCUUCAUAGAAUCUAAGGAUUAUGAGUGCAAGUCGACAAGUGGUUCAAAAAUGUAUAGCUUAGUUCAGGAUGGAACUCCGUGCGGUGAUAAUCUAAUUUGUAUCAAUCAAACAUGCACGAGUAUGACUCCGUACAUCGAUAAACACAAUAAAUGUCCCAGUAAUCAUAAUAAUUUAGAGUGCUCUGCACAUGGGAUUUGCUCAAAUUUAAACCAGUGUUUCUGUGAUAGUGGUUGGACAGGAAAUGACUGUUCUAUCCAGUUAGAAAUUUCGCCUACUUCCCCAAACUCCGCAGACGUAACACUGUCGCCGGAGGAUGCAAAAAAAGCUAAAUCCGAUCUGGAAAGCAAAAUGAUCAUGAAAGAAACUCCAUAUGUAAACGCUCACAGCACCAACACCGGUGUCUUGGUCAUGAUACUCAUGACUGCUGUCGGAGUGGUGUUUCUGAUUUUCACAUGUUCUGCUUUGUGUUAUCGCCACGUGGUUGUGUACAAAAAGAACCCCUGUUUUUGCUUCAGGAGGAGUAGUGAAAAACAAGCAACGGACAAACAAAAACAAUCAAUCAAUACAACUCCCGUAUCGAAACCGUCCAGAUUUGACGCUCCUUCUGAAGAAUCAGCUGAAGAAAUGGCAAUGGUUAACAUUAACAGAAUUAAUAAAUACGGAAACCAAUCGCCAUACAAUCGCUCAGAAACUGGAUCCCAUAAAAUGCUCUUUCAUCAAAAUCAUAUGUCUCCAAGCACUUCUGGUAUUUCUAUGGAGCAUAAAUCACAAAACUUGUCCAGAUUAGGCCUGUGCCCUAACGACGAAGAUGAUAUGAACAUCCAAGAAAACCUUCACAUGAGUGGACGUGGAAGUAGUUGUGGUCUGGCUCCAGGGUCUGUAAGUAUAUCAGACAUGGAACGGAAAAUCAAAUCACUUGAUGGUUACCACGGAGACUUGUUAGAAAAACUUCGUACCGCCGCCCAUAGAUCAUCAUCUGGUGCCAGAUCAAGUAGUGAAGACUUAUUAUGGCGCACCUUGACUGAAACCGCUGAAUCAGCUUACAAUCGUAUUACAGCUAGUCAAGAAAGACUGUGUGAAGAAAGACAUGGACUUCCUCAAAGUCAUACCGUUUUAUCUGAAAGUGGAGUGCCAACAUGCCAUCGACAUCCAUAUCGAAGGCCCAGCAGACGAACGGAUAUCGCACCGGAAGACGAAGAAGAGACCGCUAAAGAGGUUUCCUCUACAAUUCGUAUACGUAAUCUCGAAGACCUUUUCAAGCAAAUUCAAGAACACACCGUAAGGCACAGUCCUUCUGGUUCGGAAGAAAACAGAAUGUCCGAAACAGAAGUCGAUAGACACUAUAGACAUGACGCGCAUCCUGGAUGCGAAGAACCAAGGUUCGUGAGGGGUUGGUACCGUCCGGCGAGUAGGGCGACCAGUGGCUCGGCGUCGCCGUACCAACAGGCGGCAACCCGGGCGUCGGCGGCCACCGUCCACUCGACAACAGCUCGUCGACCAAUAGCGCGGUCGGCUAGCAUGGACAUGCCGGCGGUCGCGGCCAUCGCCGACAACGGCGUCCGACAGCCGGCGGCAGCCCGCAGUGGCGGCAGCAGCAGCGCCCGGAGCAGUCGCCGGUCCUCGGCGCACCAUCAACACCACACCGGGUACGACCCGCCGUCGGUCACCAGCAGCGGCAGCGGACAUUCGCCGUCGCCUCGGUGCCGACAGCGGCGAAACGGCGCCACGGACGACAUCCGCACCGUCACCGCCACAACCAGUAUCAUCACCACCGCCAACAACACCACAACCGCCGCCGACAGCAGCAUCAUCAACAACAACAACUUUCACCACCACCACCACCACCACCAACAACAACAACAACAACAACAACAUCGCUCCUCCCCCGCCAAAAACCCCGACCCGACCACGACCGCGGUCCCCGAACUGCGUACCGCGCUGCUCAACAACAAACAUUUCCCCGAAUACAAACACUGACGUAAAUUGAACGCCGCUGCCGCCGAAGGACCGCCGGUCAUCUAGGAAUCCGGUAACCGCCACUCGUCGUCCAAUUUGAAGGACGCGAGUGGCAGGGCAGGACGAGAUGAAAGGUCCUGCGGCAGCAGCGGCCGUUAUAACGCGAUUAUCGUCCCUUAUAUAAUUAUUUUUAUUGUUGUGAAUAUUAUGAUAAUAUUAUAUAUAUUAUAGUAAAUUUUUGUGCGAAUGGUCGACGGCCGUCGCUAGCGCGGCGUAUACCUGAUGACAAGUCGUCUUAGUCGUUAUUGUUGUUAUUAUAAUUUUUAAUUCUUGACCUUUGAUAUAUUAGCAAUAAUAAUUCUUAUAAAUAUAUACGUCGACGUCGUAUAACCGCCGGCUCUGAUUAGAUUAAGUUCUCAGGCGUGGAUCUAAAAAUCUAAAAUUAGGGAGGCUACACAUUGUUUCUAGAAAAAUUACAAUUAUGAUUUUAGUAUACACCAUAGACUAAAAAUAACAUUAUAGGUACAGAUGAGAUUUAAUAACAGUGUCAACAAUUUUAUUUAUGUUAUAAUAUAUGUAACAUUUUCAAAGAAAGAAGGCUAAAGCCCCUCUCCCUUCUCAGGAUCUACGCCUGGUUAAAUUAAGUUAGGAUGCUCACCUAUACAAUUUAUUCGUAGGUUUAUAAUGAGCACACGUUUAUACGAAAUCGUGUCUUCAAACAUCUAGUUACCGACGAUAACAAUAUUACUUAUAAUACCUAUAUAGGUUACCUAUAAUAUCAGUAUGUUCGACGCUACACCAUUUAAUUAUGAUGAUAAUAAAACAACUACUACUACAAGCAAGACCUAUUACAUACCUGGGGAGUGAGAGUACAAUCUCCCAUCCCUCAAAAAUUUAUUUCAUGGUACUCGUUUUUUUUAAAACAUCACCACGGAUGUUUAUAUAAUAUACAUAUUAUGAUGGUCAAGAUGAUUUUAAAGAGAGGUAGAAGAUCAUAUAAGCGAAAAUCUGAUCGGGAAGUAUAGUAAGUGCAGUAGUAAAAGUUUUCGGUUCAUAUGAAAUAUUCCCAUUUCCCUUACAAAAUGUUCUCUGAAAAUACAUUAUCCCGUUUAUUUAAAUAAUAUAUUAGACUCAUAUUCUAAGAGCACUCGAGUGAUGAAUCGCGUCUCUGGGUCACGGAAUUUAGCAUUUAACGUUCGUCACACGAUUUCCAGAAUAAUUAAUUAUUUCAGUUCAGUAAGCCUUAGUCCCAUCCAUCCCUCCAUAAAACUCAUCAAACCUCAACACAAUACCAUCUCGGUGAGUCGAUACUCUUAACCACCGUUGCCGUCAUCAUUCUGUUUGAUACGCGUACAUCUAAAUUAAAUCUCUGGCGUUUACUAUGGACGAGAUAAAAAGUAUAUCAAAACGAUAAUGGUAAAAUGACAAAAGCAGUUUAAGUUAUUAAUUGUUUUUAUUAUUAUUAGUUUGGCACCGUGUCACUCGAAAAAUGAUGUCCAGCGAGUAUUUCAUUUUUUAUAAACGCAAAUAAACAUAAAUUUCACUCGUGAUUUCACACUAUCAAAUCAAUAACAUGGUAACACGUCAUAUACUCUAUAAUCUUUCCGACUCUCAAUACGUAUCCACGAGUAAUAUUUUCUCUUGCCAAUGUUUGCUCUUCUCGCGAUUUUUUUUCUCCAAUCCUUAUACAUAUAAACCACCUCGAUCACGUUUCUUUAGUUCCGAUUUUCUAAAAAAAUAUUUAACAACGCAUUCACUACCUAUACGUGAACAACACUCCUCUAUGGGUUUCCGAUAACGAAUCGACUUACAACGUUUUCCUCUAUAAUGUAAUACGUGCGUUUCGUAUGUAUUCGUAUUAACUCUAUCAUUUUUAUUUUUUCACAUUCUCUUUCUCUCUCUCUCUCUUUCCCUACCACAUGGUGGUUUCGUCGACACCGACUUCAUAAUAUCGUUUACCAUUAUUUUUUUUUUGCUUUUUCACCACAUAAAUGACUUUUGGAUUUUAUUCGUAUUUUUGUCACACGACCAACGACUAGAUAUUUUUUUCCGCCGGAAAAUAAUAUUUAUAAAAACAACAUCCGGGAUUUUUCCGAGUUUUUUCUUUUUAUUGCGGUCAUAAGCUGGUCUCGUAAUCGUCUAUGUACUACGUGAAUAGGGCGCGAAGCCAUCGAAAAAUGUAAUUUUCGCGUACCAUAUUAUUAUAAUAUACAUCCGUCGUCGGGCACGCAUCACGCACGCGAUAUUUUACUACGUACUAAAUAUCAUUCGUCGAUCAAUACUCUGCAUUGUACAUCAUUCUAGUGUGUACUGUGUAUACCUACGAAUACAAUAUUUUUAAACACUUAAAUUGCCUAUGAAUUUCAUAUAUAAAAUAAUAAUUAUUAUAAUACACCAAUUAUGAUUGUUAUUAUUACGUUUUAAAGUUCUUGGUGCAAUAUACAAGUAUAUAAUAUUAAAAUAUAUUAUAUGUACCUAUAUCGUUGUUAUUGAAUUUUGUUUUCGUGUACAUAUUUUACCAGGGUUACUUUUAAAUAUAUAACUAAUAUUACUAUAAAUCGUAUAAGAAUAUCUAUCUAUGUCUAGUGUGGUAUAACGAAAAUUGUCUUCUACAUGUGUAUCUAAAUAUUACCUAUAUUAAAAUAAUCUUGUAUAAAGUGUUUUCCGUAGUGUAUAUUUAAUAUGAACGCAUUCGUUAAAAAUGCGCAUACAUAGGUCAAAUUCGAGAUCACAACUGCCAAAGUGUUUUUUUUUUAAUUAUGUUGUACAACUUUAAUAAUAAUAAUAUGACUUAUUAUUAUAUAAUAGUUAUAUUAUUACGAUAUAAUAAUGUGUUAUUGAAAAAUACAAAUAUAUCGAUAUUGUUUUUUUUUGCUCUAUUAAAUUUUACUAUAAAUGUAAAUUGUAUUGUUUUAUUAUAAACUAUAAUAUAGUUUAAUAGUCUCACCACAAAACAUAAGCCGAAAAAAUUCAAAAACAAUUGAAAUUAAACUAAAUCAUCGUACUCGUAUCAUGAAGAACAAUUAUUUCCAAUUUACUAUACUAUAGGUACCUCAAUUGAAUUCGUUUAAUUGAUAAACUUUAUUAUGAAUAUAUACAUCGAAAAUAUACGUCAUUUUUACAUUUCUGUUAAAUCGUAUAAUACAGUUUUUCCAGCAUAAGUGCGUAAUUAUGACUACAUAUUCCUAAUGCGUUCAAUCCACCACUAAAGUGCAUAUAUCAUUAUCUUAUAUGUGUAUGAGGUAUUUAUCAUCAAAAAUAUUAAGUGAAUGUUUAUUUUAUAAAAAAUGACUUUGUUACUUAACAAAUUUAAUUUCUCCAAAGUAAAAAAACAUUAAAAAUUAUUAACAGAAAAGGAAAGAACAUUUUCCCAUCCCCUCCCCCCAACACAAAGAUCUAUACAUGGUUACUUUUAUGACUUAAAGGAAUCGCAAGUGAGGAAAUACAGUUAAAGGGGGAUGAACAGGAUAAAAUCACACCUACAACUAGAUUUUAGGGCGUAUACUUUAUUUUCAGGAGGUCGUUUAUUUUGAAAUAUUAUGAUCAAUUAUUUAUAUAUUUAAAAAAGACAGCAACAUUUUUAACCUUGCAUAUAUAAGCAAAAAUAAUUACAAGCCCUCUCUGCAACUUAUUAGACAUCCAAAUGCAGUUUAGGGGGAAUCUUUAGAGACAGAUUUUCGAUUCUUCAUAUGUGUAUAGGUAUUGGACGCAGAGACACAACGGCCAAAUAACAUGGGAAAACGAUCUAGUCGAUCUACUACAAUUUCUGACCGGCGGUUCAGACGUAAUGAUUUAUGUACAAUAUUAUAUCCACGUGUAUAUUAAUAUGCUAAAAUAUCGAUAUUCUAAAUAAUAACAAACUAAUGUACGAACGCCCAAAGGUAAAAUAUAUAAAGACAACGAUAAAGUUGCAACGAUCCUCAUCUUUAACAAUAAUAUAAAAUGGACAAGUCGUUUUAAAUUCUCAAUUUUUUUUUUUAUUCAUUGUCGUUGUCGUUCUUGUUAUUAUUGUUGUUGUUGUUGCUUUUAUUGUUAUUGAUGUUGUUGUUGUUAUUGUUGUAUACCUAGUGUUUAUACGUACAUACGCGUUAAAUAUGUGUACGCCUAUAUUUUAAGUGGAAAAAAAUCAAUUCUAAAUUUGAGUUAACUAUUAUUAUUAUUAUUAUUAUUAUUAUUAUUAUCUCUAUAUAUUAUACACAUAAUAUAAAGACAUCAUAUUGUAUUCGUGAUUUUGCCCUUAAUUAAAAAAAUAAUUGUGUGCGGUUACAUACCUACCUGUAAUGCUAUUAUUGUCCGUUAUUAAUACUAUGAUAAAAUUCACUGUCGAAAAUCAUCUAUAGGUAUAUAUUCUAAUUAUUAUAUUAUAUAUUAUUAUUAUUAUUAUUAUAUGUUUUAGUGGAUUUUUAGAAGAAGCAAAAAUUAAAAAUAUGUUUCGUUUGAAUCUCAUAUAUAUACAGUCGACUUAUCGAGGUUAUAACCUACUUGUAGCUAUUAUAAUACCCUUGCGUAUAUGAUGUGUGUAGUGUCGGUACCAGCGGGAAAUAUUUUUUCGAAGAAAGAAACUCAAAUGUCUAUAAGAUGUUUAGAUUUCAUUUUUUAUGACCAAUGACCAUAAAACAACUGACCCGUUAAGUAUACUCUACACGAUAAUAAUAUAAUUUUAACAAAGGACCUACGUUAAUAUCCCUUUAAAUCAAAAACAAGUGUGCGUACAUUUUCGCAUGUGUGCAGUAUUUUGUCCACGUUUCAAAAAUUCGUAGAUAAUAUCCAGGCGAACUAGUGGCGUGCACUUAUGACUUGAUUAAUAAUUUUUAUUGUAUACGUAAAACGACAGUCACAAUAAAAUGUAUAUUAUAUUAUAUUGUUAUUGCUCUUAUAUUUGCCUCCACCACCGUCGUGUUAUAUAAUAUUGUUAUGGUUUUAUCUCUUAAAACCCCAUUUGUUUUACUCUCGAAAUGUGUACAACGAUGAUUCGAUUAAAUUCAAAUUGUUUUAAAUAUAUUAAUAUUAUUAUUAUUAUUAUUAUUAUUAUUAGUCUGGUAUAUUUUAAUAUUGUGCGACGUUAUUUCUACACAUACAUACCAUUUAUAUACUUUGUACAUUAUAUUGGUCAUAUUGUGAGUUAAAUAUUAGUAUAUAUUAUUAUUAUAUUAUUAUAUUUAUUAUUUAUUAUUUAUUAACUAUUAUUAAUGUUUUAUUAACAUUUUUUUUUUAUUUUUACUCGUAGACGUGUGCAGGGUAUUUAAAUUAUUAUUAUUAUUACGAUAUAAACAAUAUAGAUUUAUUAUACGGCCCGCAAUCAUAUAGACCCAUAGUAAUUUGGCGAGACGUACAUAUUGGGGGUAGCACUAACACCGUCUAUUAAAAAUAGUAUAGACUUGAUACGUUAUUAUUAUAAUAUAGUCUCUAGACAACUGCUCAGACAACGAAAUAAUAGCUACCAUACAUAAACGGGUAAGUAUGAUUAAUGUAUAGGUACCGCAAUGUUUACCUAUACCUAUUUACCUACCUCCAUGGGCUGCCAAAGGGUUUCAAUUUUAUUAUCGUCUGCCAUUCGAAUCUCAUUUCGACGCGGUCGGUUCCGUUCAAGUCUCGCAGACCUUUAUUUAAACGCCCUUUAUUUAUCCGAAGCAGCAUGAUUGCAAACUUUUUAUCCUUUUUCCUAAAAAAACGUACUGCGAUUGUGCACCAAAAUUAUGUUAUAGUUGAAAAUAUAAAACAAUAGAACACCAAAAAAAGAAGAAAAAAAAGUGGUUUAUUAGAUUUAAAAAAAAAUUAUAAAAAAUUUGAUACAUUUUUUUUUUUAAUUUAAUAUUUUAUAAUGAUUUUAUUAUACGCAAAAUAUGAGUUAUUUUGUUCAGUAAUUAUUAAUUUCAGAGAAACUUCAAAAUAAGCAUGCGUUUUUCCCUUAUAAAAGCACAGGACGAAAACAAUUUGAGGACAGUUAAAAUAAUUAUCUCUAGCAGAAUCUUUUUCAUAGCCCAUCUGCACCGACAAAAUCUAUAUUUGUUGGUAUGCAAUAGUGUUGCGUUUUAUCAACUAGCAAUUACCUGCCAACCUAUAAAAUUGUAUUAUAUAGUUACGACGAUAAUUAAAGCAAUUUAAUGUAAAAUUUUACAUUAUAGUAUUAAACAUUACUGUAUAUUUUCACGUAGGUAGAGAGAAAUGUCCCAAUGGCCUUUACGGCUUUAUCUCACCAGUCACCAGUUUUGAAGUUUCACCCAUAGCCCGAAUAGUUUUACUACACUACAGACAACAACUUUAUAAUAUUCAAAUCCUUCGGGUACUUCACUGCAAACGUAGGUACCGUCCCAUACUUGCCGACGACGCUUCCGGCCGCGACAUUUUCCAGUGACCACCUCAUGACAGUAUUAUAAUAUUAUAUACCACCCACACUGACAUUUCAAACAACCCACUUACCCACCGACAUGGUUUUUUUUCAAAAUACCUAUAUAUACGUAUACAUAAUAAUAUAACGACGAUGAACUUCUCGGUAUCAUAGUAUUAUUGUUACUAUUAUAUUAUUAGUAUUAUUAUGCAAACCCAGAAAAAUUAUUAUAAUUAUUAAUAGAUAUAAGUAUAAUAUAAUAUUAUAGUAUAAAAUAAAUAUAUAUAGGUAUAUAAAAAAUACGACGGAUAAAAAUAUUCUGGCGACCAAAAAAACGAAUUGUCAUUGUAACGUCCAAUAUUCAUUUUUUUCCUCUGUCAUUUAUGGUUAUAUAAUAAUUAAUAAUAAAUUAUAAAAUGUAAAUACGUAUAUCCUAAUAAUAUAAUAUAAUAGACUCAGGUGUACCGGAUAUUGAUAUAUAAUUAUAUGGUUUGAUUUUUUUUUAUCAAUCUACCAAAAACGAAAUAACUGCAAGUAAUAUCUAAUAUUAUAAAUUUAAAUGUUUUGUAGAUAAUGUGUAAAAAAAAAAAAAAAUAAAAAAGUUCUAUUGUUCAUUAUAAAUAUAAUAUAUUAUUGUGUAUUUUUUUUUUUUUUAUAUAUUAUUUUGAUUUUUGAAUAUGUGAGACAGGACUCGCGUAUAGUAGUUUUUAAGGUCAUUACGUCGUCUACUUGUAAAUAUAAUACCGAUAAUAAUAUUAUACAUCAAUUGAUUAUGUUGUAUUAUAUGUUAGUAAUAUUAUAUUAUAUUAUAUGAUAA